CAUCGUCCUAGGCGCUGCUGCUCAGAGUGGCAGACUUGAGAGCGGAUCGCGGAGCUCCCGCAAUUUGUUGGCGCUGCCCCCUCCCCUCGGCAGUGCGCGGGCGGCGUUUCAAAUGGGAGGACCCUGAGACUUGUGUAAGAGGGAGAGGGAGCGCGCGGGCGAGGGAAGAGCUGCCGCUGCGAGCCAGGAAGUCAGGGCUCUGCGCCUCUCCCCGCGGCUCCCCGGGCGCCCCGACACUCUCGUGCCGCCCUACUCGCCGCUCCCGGGAGGCGCGCACCGAGCUGGGCCCUGUCGCUCGCUGGCUCGCCGCGGGCCGGAGGGCAGUGUGGGGAGGGCGCCGGAGCAGGGAGGCCGGCGCUGAGGGGGUGGGGAGAGCUGCCAGACUGUUUAUGUGCGGUUGCCUCUUGCCCGCGGAUCCGACGCCGAGACUCGGUCCUGGAAGAGCUUAUGUGUCCCUGAAGUCUGGCCUGGAAGGCUAGGAGGGACCCGGAGCCCAAGUGGCCAGGUUGGGAGCAUGGGCCGAGACCAGUGCGCGGCGUCCUGCCCUACCCUGCGGCGGUGGCUGCUGCUGGGGGCCGUGACAGCGGGGUUCUUGGUCCAGAGCGUCCUGGCGGGUGUGAAGAAGUUUGAUGUGCCCUGUGGAGGAAGAGACUGCAGCGGGGGCUGCCAGUGCUAUCCCGAGAAAGGAGGGCGGGGUCAGCCAGGGCCUGUCGGCCCCCAGGGAUACACCGGGCCACCAGGACUUCAGGGUUUCCCAGGCCUGCAGGGUCGCAAAGGGGACAAGGGUGAAAGGGGAGUUCCCGGGAUAACUGGACCGAAAGGAGAUGUGGGUGCAAGAGGCGUUUCUGGAUUCCCUGGUGCGGAUGGAAUUCCUGGACAUCCAGGACAAGGUGGAUCCAGAGGAAGGCCGGGUAACGACGGCUGCAAUGGAACCACUGGGGAUGCAGGUCAACAGGGAACCCCAGGUUCCGGGGGCUUCCCCGGCUUGCCUGGACCUCAAGGACCCAAAGGACAGAAAGGCGAACCUUACGCAUUGUCCAAGGAGGACCGUGACAAAUACAGGGGUGAACCUGGUGAUCCUGGAUUGGCUGGUUUCCAGGGUCCUCAAGGCCACCCUGGGCCUAUAGGACAGAUGGGUCCAGUUGGAUUUCCGGGGAGACCAGGACCACCCGGACCCCCUGGACCCAAAGGACAGCAGGGCAACAGAGGACUUGGUUUUUAUGGAGAAAAGGGUGACAAGGGCGACAUCGGCCAGCCAGGACCCAAUGGAAUCCCAUCCGACAGCGAUCGCGCCGGCACAGGGCCCACAAAAGAAACAAUUCACCUAGAUCAAUAUAAGGGUGAAAAAGGAAGUGAGGGGGAGCCAGGAAGAAAAGGCAUUUCCUUGAAGGGAGAAGAAGGAAUCAUGGGCUACCCCGGAACGCGGGGUGCCCCUGGUUUCAAUGGUGAACAGGGAUCACCAGGACAGAAAGGAAGUACUGGACCAGAUGGUUAUGCAGGCCCUGAUGGCCCUAAAGGACCAAAGGGAGAAGUGGGUGACCAAGGUCCCCCAGGACUACCAGCCUACUCCCCCCAUCCUUCCCUAGGAAAAGGUGUCAGAGGUGACCCAGGAUUUCCAGGCGAUCAUGGGGAACUAGGAAGCCAGGGUGAACCAGGAGACCCUGGCCCCCCAGGUUCCCGUGGCAUAUCCAUCGGAGGUGAAGAUGAGAAAAGAGGUUUACCAGGCGAAAUGGGACCCAAAGGCUUCAAAGGAGAGCCGGGCCUCCCAGCUGUAGUCCGCGGCCCACCAGGAGCUGAUGGAAAGCCAGGGCUCCGAGGACUCCCAGGGUCUCCUGGGGCACCUGGACCAGAUGGCUUCCUCUUUGGACUCAAAGGAGCAGAAGGAAGGGUGGGCUACCCAGGGCCUUCUGGUUUCCCUGGAGCUCGCGGCCAGAAGGGAUGGAAAGGCGAUGCUGGAGACUGUAAAUGUGCAGAAGGAGAUCAGUUCAUCACGGGUCUUCCGGGGCUGCAGGGACCCAAAGGUUUUCCGGGGGACAAUGGAGAGCCGGGGAAGAAAGGAGACCAAGGAGAUCCAGGCCAGCACGGAGUCCCUGGUUUCCCAGGGUUCAAGGGAACCCCUGGAGAUCUCGGACCUCCAGGACGGAAAGGAGAAAAGGGAGAUUCUAGAACAAUUACGACCAAAGGUGACCGGGGACAGCCAGGUGUGCUGGGUGUGCCGGGAGUGAAAGGUGACGACGGUGUCCCCGGGCGUGAUGGCCUCGAUGGAUUCCCAGGCCUUCCAGGGCCUCCUGGUGAUGGCAUCAAAGGCUCCCCAGGGGACGCAGGUUACCCAGGAGCACCUGGAGCCAAGGGCGCCACAGGAGAAGUGGGUCCCCCAGGAUUAGGUUUACCUGGCCCAAAAGGUGAACCUGGUUACCCUGGAGAUGCUGGAUUGCCUGGCCCACCAGGCUUUCCUGGUCCUUCUGGCCCCCCAGGAACUCCAGGACAAAUAGAUUGUGAUACAGGUGUGAAAAGACCCAUUGUAGGUGAUGGACAAGGAGCUGUCCAGCCAGGUUGUGUUGGAGGGCCCAAGGGACUGCCAGGCGUGCUGGGACCACCAGGCCCCCCAGGUACCAAAGGCCUCCAAGGAACACCAGGAUUCUCAGGAGCUGAUGGACCUCCAGGGCUCAAGGGUUUUCCAGGAGAUCCAGGUCGGGAAGGAUAUCCAGGACCCCCAGGUUUCGUGGGACCCCGAGGAUCUAAAGGUGCGGUGGGCCUCCCUGGGCCCGAUGGACACCCGGGUCCCACAGGCCUGCCAGGGCCAGUGGGGCCACCAGGUGACAGAGGACUCCCUGGAGAAGUCCUGGGAGCCCAGGCCGGCCCCCGGGGAGAUGCUGGACUGCCCGGACACCCCGGGCUGAAAGGUCUCCCAGGAGAGAGAGGCACUGCUGGAUUCAGAGGAAGCCAGGGAAUGCCUGGGAUGCCGGGGCUGAAGGGUCAGCCUGGCUUCCCAGGACCUUCCGGCCAGCCAGGCCAGCCCGGGCCUCCAGGACAACAUGGGUUCCCAGGAGCUGCUGGCCCAGAGGGGCCCUUGGGGACACCAGGAGUCCCAGGCUUUGAAGGUCUGCCGGGAGACAGAGGAGCUCCAGGCGACAUAGGUGUCCCUGGUCCUGUGGGGAUGAAAGGUGUCUCUGGUGACAGAGGGGACCCUGGUUCAUUGGGUGAGAAAGGUCAUCCAGGAAACAUUGGAUUUAAAGGAAUGGCCGGAAUGCCUGGUAUCCCUGGACCAAAAGGGGACAGAGGUUCACCUGGUAUGGAUGGUUUCCAAGGCAUGGUUGGACUUAAAGGAAGACCUGGGUUUCCAGGAAACAAAGGAGAGGCUGGAGUUUUUGGAUUUCCUGGUCUGAAGGGUCUGGCUGGUGAACCAGGUGUUAAAGGCAACCGAGGGGAUCCCGGCCCCCCAGGACCACCUCCUGUCAUCCUGCCAGGAAUGAAAGACAUUAAAGGGGAAAAAGGAGAUCAAGGACCUAUGGGAUUGAAAGGCUACCUGGGCUUAAAAGGUCUUCAAGGAAUGCAAGGCGUUCCGGGGCUGGCUGGAAUUCCUGGGUCACCCGGGAAGCCUGGUCACAUUAAGGGACUGAAAGGAGACAUCGGCUUCCCUGGCUUGCCUGGUUUACCAGGAUUCCCUGGUGUGACUGGUCCCCCCGGAAUUUCAGGAUUUCCAGGGUUCAUAGGAACUAGGGGUGAAAAGGGUGCUCCAGGGAGAGCAGGCCUUUAUGGUGCGACUGGACCGACAGGUGAUUUUGGUGAUACUGGAGACACUAUAGACUUACCAGGAAACCCAGGCCUGAAAGGGGAAAGGGGCAUCACUGGAACACCAGGUCUCAAGGGAUUCUUUGGAGAGAAAGGAACAGAGGGUAACCGUGGCUUCCCCGGGAUAACAGGCAUAACAGGAGCCCAAGGUCCUCCGGGACUGAAAGGACAAACAGGCUUUCCAGGGUUGACAGGGCUGCAGGGACCACAGGGAGAACCAGGACGGAUUGGAGUGCCCGGCGAAAAAGGAGAUUAUGGUUGGCCAGGGGCUGCAGGUCCACCAGGUUUCCCAGGCAUCCGAGGAAUCAAUGGAUUGCAUGGCUUGCCGGGCACCAAAGGCUUUCCAGGCUCCCCAGGUGCAGACAUCAGUGGGGACCCAGGUUUCCCAGGUACUACUGGGGACAGGGGUGACCCAGGAGAGCCCAACACCUUUCCAGGACCUACAGGGGUCCCAGGACAGAAAGGGGAGCGAGGAAUUCCAGGGGAACGAGGUCCCAUGGGGAGUCCAGGACUGCAGGGGUUCCCAGGCGUCACUCCCCCUUCGAAUAUCUCUGGGUUACCUGGUGAAAAAGGAGCACCAGGGCUAUUUGGCCUGAAAGGCUACCAAGGCCCACAAGGACCACCUGGACCUGCUGCUCUUCCUGGAAGCCAAGGAGAUGGGGGAAAUCCAGGAGCUUCUGGAAACCCAGGGACCAAAGGAUGGGUAGGAGAUCCUGGACCUCAAGGCAGACCUGGAGUGUUUGGGAUCCCUGGAGAAAAAGGAACCAGAGGAGAACAAGGACUCAUGGGAAACACCGGUGCCACAGGAAGUAUGGGAGACAGAGGCCCCAAGGGACCCAAAGGAGACAGAGGGCUCCCUGGUCCCCCAGGUUCUUUAGGCUCCCCAGGGAUUGCAGGAAUCCCCCAGAGGAUUGUUCCGGAACCAGGAACACUGGGUCCCCAAGGACGGAGAGGUUUUACCGGUGCACCCGGAGAGAUGGGACCCCAGGGCCCUCCCGGAGAGCCAGGUUUUCGUGGGGAACAAGGAAGGACGGGGCCCCAGGGAAGAGGAGGUGUGUCUGCUGUUCCAGGAUUCCGGGGGGACCAAGGGCCCGUGGGUCAUCAGGGGCCCAUUGGCCAAGAAGGUGAGCCAGGCCGUCCAGGGAGCCCGGGCCUGCCUGGCAUGCCUGGCCGUAGCGUCAGCAUCGGCUAUCUCCUGGUGAAGCACAGCCAGACAGACCAGGAGCCCAUGUGUCCCGUGGGCAUGAACACGCUGUGGAGUGGAUACAGCCUGCUGUACUUCGAAGGCCAGGAGAAGGCCCACAACCAGGACCUGGGACUGGCAGGCUCCUGCCUGGCACGGUUCAGCACGAUGCCCUUCCUGUACUGCAACCCCGGUGACGUCUGCUACUAUGCCAGCCGGAACGACAAAUCCUACUGGCUCUCCACCACCGCCCCACUGCCCAUGAUGCCCGUGGCCGAAGAGGACAUCAAGCCCUACAUCAGCCGCUGCUCUGUAUGCGAGGCCCCAGCCGUCGCCAUCGCAGUCCAUAGCCAAGAUGUCUCCAUCCCCCACUGCCCAGCUGGGUGGCGGAGUUUGUGGAUCGGAUAUUCCUUCCUCAUGCACACGGCCGCGGGGGACGAAGGCGGCGGGCAGAGUCUGGUGUCGCCGGGCAGCUGUCUGGAGGACUUCCGGGCCACGCCUUUCAUCGAAUGCAACGGGGGCCGCGGCACCUGCCACUACUACGCCAACAAGUACAGUUUUUGGCUCACCACCAUCCCCGAGCAGAGCUUCCAGGGCUCCCCCUCUGCCGACACGCUCAAAGCCGGGCUCAUCCGGACGCACAUCAGCCGCUGCCAGGUUUGCAUGAAGAACCUGUGAGUGGUCCAGGAGCGGCGGGGAGCCCCGAAGAGUGCUUUCCUGCUAAAUUGACACGCACAUCGGGGAAAUCCAUUUUGGUGCUUUUUCUUAACUUGUUACCUCAGAUGCUGACAAGAAAGUUCAUUUUUUUUCUUAAAGAAACAAAGUCUACCAAAGGAAUUCAGCAUCAGCGCUUAUACCAAAUAGCCACUUUUCUCAUCUAAUAGGCUCUGGCUACUCUAACUUGUGUCCACUGCAGAAUGCAGCCCUGCCUUUUUAUGACACUCUGACCCUUCCAAAUAGAGAACAAUUAACAGGUUGAGCACUCCCAAUCAAACCAUACUAGAUUUUUAUACCACUAGGUGUAACUAACUUUUUAAUAUGUACCUGUAUAGUCAUUGUACUUUCAAAUGGUGCAGACGGCUCAAAUUUAUGUAACUCACUGAAUGGAAUGGUACAAAACAAGAGAGCAGCAAAUUAAAACGUGCAGCAAAUCAAAACUUACCACCACCUCUUCCCACGUGAGGCUCUUCUGUGGAUGGCCUUGCCCCGUUUUCUAGCCAACAUAUGACAACACUAUUUUCUUCUAGAUACUGUUCUCAGUCCACUUGCAGUUGAUGUGAAUUAUCCUAGUCACUUCAAGGUGGCCAAACAGGGCUUUUUAUUUUAUAAAAUUAACUGAUAGUCACACACCAGCUGUCAUUCGUCCCACCAUUGGGUUUGUGAAAUUCACCUAGAAGCAGAGCUCUUGAUAGCCAGUCUAUCACCAGCAAUGCUACUUGAAGUAAACUUUGUAGAAUUAGAGUGAUUUUUUACUGCCCCAAGUAAUCGUGAAGAUUUUACCCUCCAUUCUUUUUAGUGAGUUGUACUUUUAUGACUACUCUAUCCCUGUGUAACUACCACAAAAUAAAAUUUGGUUUUGAACAUUUUUAAAA